AUGGCGGCGCAGUGGAAUGCACAAUAAUAACUUCUCACAGGACGCACUGUGCAAGAAGGAAGCCGUUUGAAUGAGAUUGACAUGCCAUUUAAAAAAUGAUGUUUUUUUCUGUACAGAUGUUCACUUGCUCUGUGGCAAUAUUAGUUUUUCUUUGUUUUACCCCCACAGAGUCUAAAAAGGUCAAAGAAAUUUUGAAAUCGGACGGCAAAUGGGAGUUCCUCUCCCGGUUCUGCUUCCUGAACCAGAAAUCAGUAAACGGAGAUGGAAAGCUCCAGUACAGCUUGACAUAUCCUGUGGACUAUGGAAUCCAGAACUUGCUGUUCUACUACGACACCCCUGGCCAGUGGGAGUCUGUCUACAAGAGAGAUAAAACAUGUGAACAAAAGUUUGAUGCUCUAAAUGGCAGAAACUACUUUCCUUUGGACGAUUCCCUGGCGACCCGUGAAGUAACGUGCAUUAAACAGAACAUAUCUGGUGUGAGCAACUAUGUGUGCACGGGCAAACUGGACUUCACAUCUUCCCGAGAGAGGUGGUGGUAUAUGGUGGUCUCACGGUGCGCGCCUGCGGUUUCUUCCACGAACAAGUACAACUUGUACCUGGACUAUGAACUACACAUGACCAACGGAGAAGACUUUUUGCACCAAGAAUACUCUGCCGAUGAGUUCUAUAUCGUGGUCAUCGACAUUGUGUUCUUCAUUCUGUACCUCAUCCUCAUGGGUCUUUCCAUCCUCUGUGCAGGUCGUAUCCUUCAAGCCACAAGCAACAUCAUCUUCAUGCUGAUGCUGAUUCUCAUAGCCAAAGGCUUCACCAUAGUGAGGGGCCGACUCAAGCCCAAAGCCUACAUCAAGAUCACCAUCUUCAUCACGCUCUACGUGGUCACAACCAUCGUACUUUUUAUAUGGGAGGCUGCUUUUUUCGACCCAGGCAUCGUGCUGUACUACUUUGAGAGCCCGCCGGGCUAUGGCAUGGUGGUCAUCACUCUGAUUGGCUGGUUGUGGUUCACCAAAGCUCUUGUGUUCACCCUCAAACACUACCAACAGAAAGCUGGCUUUUAUAUUGCCUUCUACGUACUGUACACAGUGUGGUUCUGGGCUGGCCCCAUCACCAUACUGCUGGCAAUGUUCGCCAUGGCCAAGUGGACGCGGGAGAAAACGGUUAACGGAGUUCAACAGUUCAUCGGAUUUGUUGGUCAUGUCCUGUUUUUCAUUCUGACUGUCCCAAGCAAAGUCAACUCAAACUUCCCCUACCACGUCAAGACCACACAGAUUGGUACCAUGGGCGGUGAGGAUCAGGAGGAGGCAGACGGCGGGUCGUAUGGGGUCAGCGUCUACUGGUCGGGCACGGGGCCCAACCUGGACUUCUUUAUCACCUCCAAGGGCGGGACCUCAUCCCAGACAGACGAUGGCACCCCGCUGUACGGCCCGCUGGAGGCCAGACCGGGAGAUGGGAGCUCCUCGCGAAAUGACGACAGCCCACCCCCUCCUUACCCCCAGGCUCUGGGUUUACAGAUUGUGCCACCUGUCGACGGAGGCAGCAGCAGCAGCAGCAACCACACGUACGACAACAACGGCUUUGAGUAUCCGGAGGAAUUGUCGCAGAAGAGGAACCGACUCCCAUCGCUGCCCCACCAUUUACAGGAGAGAGGCAGCCUGGGUGAAGGGGAGAUUACUCUGCCGCCGCUGAGGGGCACAGGAUUGCCUCCCAUUGCCCUUUCAGCUCCACCAGCAGAGCGGCAGGGGAUGGAAGCUUUGCCAAAGGAUCACACCAGUAUGUUCAUGGUCAAUAAGUGAAAACAAGCCUUCUUGCACUGCUGUAAGACGACUUGUUAUAACCUGUGCACACUGUCGAGUAGAAAAGUUAGUCUUAUACAGGUUGAUGGUUUGGACUGUAGCAUUGUAAUAAUAUUUUUAAAACACAAGGGGGGGAGGGGGGGGGGAAUAGCAAGUGGUCGUCUGCACAGGUGGUGAUUGUUUUGGACAGGUGGGUGUCAGAGCAGGUUGGCCUGUAUCAUUCUCAUCAUGUUGGAUGGAAGAAAUGCCGGACUAGCCGACUUGAAGAGAGAUAAAAAGCCUACACAAAAGUAAUAUGGUUCGGUGGUCGUCUUGAUGAAGUUAUUGUUGUUGUUGUUGUUGUUGUUAAUCCAGUAGCCUUUGAGCCUGUGCUGUUUGCCCCAAUGCCAUGAUAAAAAGGUGGAGGUCUUCUACAUUUUUGAGCAUGCCUGAAGAAAGGUCACAGUUGUCGACAAAGCUGGGUUUUUGAGCAAUGGGGUGAGAAGACCGAAAAAGUUGUACUUGGUCAAAAAUUUUGUUCCAUCAGAAAACACACGUUAAACCAUUUCUUAAUAAUAAUUUUUAUUGAUUGUUUUUUCAACAUCUUUUACUUCCCCUAAGGUUAAAAAUGUGCUAGAAAAUGGGGUUUUCUCAAAACAUUGUUUUUGCACCCUGUGUUACGAAAUCGGGCACAUCUUUAACUCUUUAACCAUGCAAUUUAUAGUCACGUUUCUGCUUAAUUCUCUCGUGUUUGUGGAAAUGCGACCACGCCAUGUUACGUUUUUAAAAUCGCUCGUUUCUUUCAAACUGAUCAAUAAAGCAUUACCCAGAC